AGAGAGAGAGAGAGAGAGAGAGAGGGAAAAUACAUUUGUUUCAUGUAUGGCUGGAAGAGAAAGUUGAUAAUUUUUAUCAUCACCUACCAAACGUAUUUUAAAACCGCGUUAAAGACCGCAGUGCCGUGCAAUAUAUUAAUCAAAGUUGAAAGAGCAUUACUCUUAACUGUAUAAUUUGCUGUAAGAAAUUUGACCCCUCGGCUCCAAAAUCGUUCAUUGAUUGGAAAUUAGGAAGCAAUUAUAAGUCUGACUGGUUAAUCCAACUAAUAAUCCUUCAAUGGAGAACAAUUUGGAAGAGAAUUGUGGGGAUUUGAAUCCGAAGAACUCAGCGGCACAGAGGCUGCGGAGAUGGAGACAGGCUGCUUUGCUCCUGAAUGCUUCGCGCAGGUUACGUGACACCAUCGCCAAACUCUCUGAGCCUUGCGAAGCGGAGGCCACGUUCCGUGCGAAACGGGUCCAUGAGACGGUGAGAACUGCUUUCCAAGCCAGAUCUCAUCACUACAACAUCCAGGGUGUGCCACCUAGAGAUUACACUGUGCCUGAGGAAGUUAAGGAUGCCGGUUUUCAGAUUUGUGCAGAUGAGUUAGCAUCCAUCGUUGAAGGCCAUGACCUUAAAAAGCUGAAAGCUAAUGGCGGGGUAGCUGGUGUCGCAGAUAAGCUUGCUACAUCAACCACCAAUGGCAUUUCUACCGAAAGAAGUAGGCUGAGGCACAGAGAACUAAUAUAUGGAAUUAAUAAAUUUACUGAGAGUGAAGCUCAAAGUUUUUGGGUUUUCGUUUGGAAAGCCCUUCAAGACAUGACCCUCAUGAUUCUUGAUGUGUGUGCAUUUUCCACUUUGAUAGUUGACUUGGAAAUGAAAGGAUGGCUGAAGGGAGCUUACAAUGGCCUUGGAAUCAUUGCAAGCAUCUUGCUGGUGGUAUUUGUGACAGCAGUGAGUGAUUAUCGGCAAUCUUUACAACUCCGGGAUUUGGUGAAAGCGGAGAAGAAGUUUUCUAUUCAAGUUACGAGGGAUGGAUACAGGCAAAAAAUGUCAAUAUAUGAUCUGCUUCCAGGUGAUAUUGUACACCUUUGUACUGGAGACCAAGUCCCUGCAGAUGGGCUUUUUGUUUUAGGAUAUUCUGUGUUCAUUGAUAAAUCUACUUUGACAGGAGAAAGUGAGCCAGUUAAUGUUGAUGAUGAAAAUCCCUUUAUGCUGUAUGGAACUACGAUCCAGGAUGGAUCAUGCAGGAUGAUGGUUACCACUGUCGGGAUGAAAACCCAUCGUGGUAAAUUGGUAGCAACUCUUAGUGAAGGGGAAGAUUAUGAGACCCCGCUGCAGGGUAAAUUGAAUGAAGUGGCAACCAUCAUUGGAAAAAUAGUCCUCCUCUUUGCUGUAGUAAUGUUUGCAGUUUUUUUGUAUAAGAUGUCUGCUCGUAAACUGCAAGAGGGGACCCACUGGAGCAUUUCUGGAGGUGAUGCUUUAGAAAUGUUGCAGACAGUGGGAUCUGCAACUACUAUUUGUAGUGACAAAACUGGCACCAAAAAUGGAGGCAACAAAAAUGGUCGUUCAGCUCCGGUAAUGGUUACUGGAGGCAACAAAAAUGGGAAGUGGCAUAAUUCUUGCCACGAAAAGUCUUUUGGAAAUUCUCAAGCUUCAGACACAGUUUAUCGGAUACUAUGUCAGUCUAGAAAGAUUGGUAGUGUUAUUGGUAAAGGAGGUAAAAUAGUCAAAUCCCUGAGAGAAGAGACCCAAGCUAAGAUUACAGUUGCUGACUCUGUUACUGGCUCAGAUGAGAGAGUAAUAAUCAUCUAUAAUCGUCCUACAAAAAUCUUAAGAAAGCAUGAUACUGACAAUGAUGAGGAUCCUGCCACUUACCGGCUCAUGAAAACACAUUGCGCAGCCCAAGAUGCUCUCUUGAAAGUGCAUGACAGGAUUAUUGAGGAAGACCUUUUUUGCAGAAUGGAAAAUGGGGAUGAUAACGAAAAUGUUGUUACUGCACGCCUUCUUGUUCGAAACAAUAUGGUUGGUUGUCUUCUCGGCAAAAAUGGAGAUGUCAUUCAGAGAUUGCGAACUGAAACAGGUGCAAGCAUUCGUGUUCUCCCUGCUGAACAUCUUCCUACAUGUGCUAAGAACACUGAUGAAUUGGUGCAAAUAUCAGGUAAGCCGGUGGUGGUAAAGCAGGCUCUUUAUGAAGUGUCUACUCUACUGCAUGAGAACCACCGCAAGGAUAAACCACCUUUUCCCAUGGCUCAUGGAGGCCAAGGUUUUCAUCCUCCUGCUCCUUCUAUGGGAAAAAUGAUACCACCAGCAGAACACAAUGCUAAUCCUCAUGGUAUGCUGUGGGUUCCACGGAUGGGGAGAUAUGGGAACCAACCUUCUGGCUUUGUUUCAGGUGAUUUUGAUGGUUCUCCUACCGCAAAUGGUGGGGAAGCUCCAAACGAGUUUUCUUUGAAAAUUUUAUGCUCAUAUGCAAAAACUAGUAAAGUGAUAGGCAAGGGAGGCUUCAACAUGAAACAGUUACAGCAAGAGGCAGGGGCCAGUAUUCAUGUUGAGUAUGAGUUUGGGGAGUCAGAUGACUGUAUAAUUCGUGUCUCUCCUUUUGAGAAUCCUAGAUCACGAACUAUAGAGGCUAUUCUUCAGCUGCAAAACAGUGAACUUUCUGAUGAAGGUAGUAUCACAACUAAACUUCUUGUUCCGUCGAGUAAGGUAGGGUGCAUUCUUGGACGAGGAGGUAAUGUGAUCGAUGAGAUGAGAAGAAGAACCCGUGCACACAUAUGUGUUUAUUCCAAGGAAGAUAAGCCAAAGUAUGCUGCUGAAGAUGAACAGCUUGUGCAGAUAUCUGGAAACUUUAGUGUUGUUAAAGAUGCAUUGGCUGAGAUUGCAUCAAGACUUAGAAUGAGAUAUUUGCGAGAUGCAAAUGCUGGAGCAGAACCUGGUCCUGUUGGGCAAUUUCGAAGAUCUGGUCGUUCAGGAAACUUACCUGGUGCAGGGACACCUCCCCCAGCCCCAUAGGAGCCGCCGCACCUUUGGAGGCGAUGAAAUUUUAAAGGUAACUAAAGCUGUGUAUUGGUGUCCGCUCGAAGGACCAUGUUUAAGUUUAUGAUAAACUUGCGCUUUGAUUGCCAAAAAAAUAAUUUUAUUGGUUGAAGAAUUGUGGUAUUAUGCGACAUUGUGUGGAUUCAUAAGCCCUUUUCUUUUGUUUAACUUUAGGGUUUGAGAGAUAAAUCAAAGAAUUGUUUGAGGAGGAAG